UGUAAACAAAAGAUAAGGCCGAAGAUUUUUUUUUCCUGAUUUUGUUUUCGCUCAUGUGCACCAUUAUUAAUUUUAUUUGUUUUAAGUAUUUCCGAAAUCUACUGUGCCAGUUAUUCUUCUCGUUUUUCAGUUUUUUUAAAAUCGACAUGAUAUUCCGAUUCCGACGACGUUAUAGCAUCAAACGACGUACGACAGUCACCACUGCGGUACCUAUUACAUUAUUUUGUAAUUUUUAUCGUAAGACGAUGACGGUUAGUAUCUAUAAAACUUAUUUAUCGGUGACCGAUUACCGUACGGUAAUCGAUACUUAUCAAUGAUUAGCUCGUUUUGACAAAAAGCGUACACUGUUUUACAUAGAUUUUACAUUAUCGUGUAGAUUCGACGUCUACACAUUUGACGGACGUGCGAGUAGCGUCGCGUACAUGAUCAUAAAUAUUUCGUGAUACUGGCGUUCUCAGCAUUUUAAUAAGAGGGUGAGGAACAGAUAUAUAAUAACUGGUUAUUGGUGCAAAAUCAUUAAACACAAGCAUGUGUUUUCGUGUAGAAAUUGGUACGAUAACUUUGGCGGCUACCUACUCCUUCAAACAAUAAUUAAUACAUCUAUUAUUACGAAUUAGACAACAUAAUAUUUUGUAUAGUGUUAUAAAUUUAUUGUAAUAAAGUAGAACAACAAAUAAAUGUAUUGAUUAUUGUCUUAUGGAAUCAAUAGAAAAAAAAAAAAAAAUAUAUCAAAAUCGCGGAAAGCUCAUAAAGCGUAAAAUAAACGAUUUAUCGGUGUUGGGGGGGGGGAAGAAGUCAAGGAGGAAUAUGACACCUUCACCUCUAUAUGCUCAUGUACGGAUCCCUACGUGAACACGUUUCCGGUUCGUCGGCAGUGUGUAUUUCUUAUCAAAAGUGUUGGCCUUUACGCGUUAUUUACGGGCGUCGAGCAGAUAGACGAACUACAUUGUAGUACAGUUGUGGGGCUUGGGUCAAAAAGGUCCAAUGUCACCGUUCUCGCGAAAACGAGUUUUGUGCGGAAUUCAAUCGUAUGCUCUUUCCAGCGUUAAAAGGGCGUUUUCUCGACAAUCAUUUUGUGUCGGGAAAAUCGGUACGCUGCGACACCGAAAACGCCGGUCGCCCUCGAGUGUCCGACAGCCGUUCACUGGCGAGCGCGGCCGUUCUCGAACCCGAGCCCCAGAGUUUGUGCGCCCGUCGCGGCGUUUACGGCGAUGCGUGUUGACGGCGCAACCAACGGCGAUGGGGGACACGCUGUUUAGCGGCCUCUUGUGUUCGGGGCGGCUGUGCGCUACAGCCGUUCGCGCUGCGUAACAUCAAUAACAAUCAUCAUAAUAAUAAUAAUAAUAGCAGCGCGGUCGUAUCGCGUGUUAUUGUAAUGCCUAUCGUGCGUCUAUUCGGUCGGACGGCGGCGGCAGCGGCGGCGUCGGCGUCGGCGUCGGCGCCGCGCCAGUUUCCCCAUCCCGAACCGUUCGCUCUCGCCGCCGGCCCGGUGGCGUGCGUCGUAUUACGGCGAACAGUCCGAAGCAGUCUGCCGCGCGUCCGGGUGCUCUGCCGCGAUACCGUGUAAAUUGUGUUGUCGACUAAUCCGGGGAGGGGUGUUUUUAGGUUUUUUUUUUUCCUCCGCCGUCCUCGCGUUCAGCCGGCACCAGUUUCGGAAACGUGAGUUUUUCUUUUUUUUUUCAAAUUUAAUUCGUCUAUUCAUUUUGAAAUUUCGAAUUAUUAUUAUUGUUAUCGUCAUUGUUAUUUCAUUCGUCUCUCCUCCACCGCCACCGACGUUUUAUUAUAAAUCGCGAAAAGGCCAUUACCACCGAUAACGGUACUGAUUAGAUAUUUCUGUGAGAUCGUAUUUCACGAACGAUAAUAUUUAUUGCCGUGUAAUAUUCGAAAAUAUUUUCGCACCCGCCCGAAUGAAUUACUCGGGUUUUUCAAAAAAUUCGUUUUUUUAUUUCCCACUUUUCCAUUACCUCUUACUUAUUGUGGGUACGUCUGAUACGUUCGUAAACCAUGUUUACCAUGUUUUUACUAUUAGGCAUCUGUAUUUUACGCAGUAGCGUAUUAUUUUUUGGAAACGCCAAGGAAGUAGAUAUCGGAUUUGGAAAUUGUGUCGUCGUAUUGUUCAACGUGUACCCAGGCUAUUAAAAAAAGACAAAUUUUUAAUUUAUAUAUUUUUGGUUAGUGAUGUCCUAUAGGUACACUUAGAUAAUUAUUAUUAUUAAUUGAUUUACUAUUUAUAAGUACUAUAAUCUAAUCUCCUUUGUAUUUUAGUGUUUUGAAUGUAGGUAUCGUUUUAAUCGAGACAAUUUAUAUGUUCAGGUUUUUUUUUGAUAAAUUAACAUCAUUAACGAUAGGUAAGUAUCGAAACAUACAUUUUUUUAAAUUUUUUAAAUUUAAAGUAAAGAAAUUUGAAUUUUAAAAUAUUUAGUCGUGUAAACAAUAGAUACAAGAGGGGAUAUAUAUCUUUCUAUAAUCUCCCCCCCGUAAAUACGCGGAAAUAAAUUAUUUUUUCAAUACAUUUAUUUUUUAAUUAUUAGGAAGCGACUUUAUCAGAUAUGUAAUUUUCAGUAGGUACCUAUUAUUUUCAGUUGAAACAAAAACAGCACUGUAGACUGCAGUAAAAUUGCGUGACACGUAAUAUGUAUUUCCCUGGUUUUUAUUUCUCUUCGAUUCUAAUAUCUGUUUUCUGUGUGUUUGUAUUCGAUUAACAAUAAUCAUAAAUUGGAAAUUUUUCACCGAAUACUUAAAUUAGACUUUUCUAGACAUCUCAAAAUGUUCAAAACAUUCUGGCUAUUUUUGAGCUAUUAAUAGCCAUUUGUAAUUUUCUAGUUUUUAAAAUGUUUAUUUGAUUUUAUAUGGAUAAAAGUGUUUUGACCCAAACGAAUUAUCGAAAAUUUAACGCGAGGUUCAUCAUACCUAUGAUAAUGUACGUAUAAUGGUAAAAAAUGUGAACGUUAUGUAAGUAGUGGUAUUUUUUUAUAAACAUAAGUUAAAAUUUGUGUAAAAAUCGUAAAAAUAGAGGUAUUUCAAAACAAUUAUCAUGAACUAUAGCAUUAAUAAUUAUGUUCAUUGGCAACAGUUUAUCAUUUCAAAUACCUAUUACUAAAACUAGGGUGAAAAACGCCAGAUGAGAAACUACAUUGUUCGUUCCAAUAUUGAAGUUAAAUUUAUAUUGAUUAUUAAAAAAUAAUUUUUUAUUAAGUAUUGUUUAAAAGUAAGAAAUAAUAAUAAAAACGAUAAAUAACAUUUAUUUCGUUGAGGAUGGACUCACCAUCACGUCAUAAUAUAUAAUAAUUUUGUACAGAAUUUUGUCCAAUCGUCGGUUUAAGUACAUUAACGAGUUUUAUUAUAAUAAUUAAAAUAAAUAAAUUAAGCCGGUUUUUAAUAAAAUAAUCGUGUUCUUAUGGUCAACAAUAUGUUCGAUUUUUCAUAUAAUAGCUGUAAAUAAUUUCUGUUUAUAAUUUAAUCAUUUCUGUUAGAUUUUCCAUGUCUUAGUUUAGACGGAGUUUCUCUUUGAGAAUUUAAUAUUAAUACUCUAUCGUAUUAAUGAUGGUCAUGAAGGGAAGGGUGAUGGUUUAUCUCCAUAAUAUAGUAAUUAUCCAAAUACUUCGAAAAAAAAUCUUCAUAUAAUUGUAUUACAUAUUAUGAGUCAAUUAGCAUCAGUCAUGAUCGAAUGUUUUAAAAAUUGAAUUUUAAAAAAAAUAGUAUUAAUAAUCUUUCUAUAAUAAUAAAUACAUAAAAUAUUAUGUUAACCAUCACAACAACUUUAUCCAACAAUCAUUCCCUGAAUCGUUUAAAAUUAAGUGAGAAAAGUCGAUUACAAGUAGACUUGAAGACAAAUUCACAAAUUCAAAUUUAUUUUUAAAAUUCAGAAAUAAAUCAUAUCUAAAUAAUUCCUAUGUUGAACGUUUGUAAAACGAAGGCAGAAAAUCACCGCUUCCAAUAUCGUUAAGUUCACCAAAAACAUAAUAAGCCCACUAUGAUAAAAGUUGUGUGUCUCUGAGAGGGAUGGAACCCCAGUACCUUCCGGAAAUACGCCACUGUGUUCAACUCAAUAUUCUCCUAAAAAUUAACGUCCUUAUUAGUAGUGAUUUUGGUUACGAGUAGGUAUAUGCCAUGACGUGAUUUAUGGACAAAUCGUAGAUACUAAUAUUAACCGCAUUUAUUUAUGUCCGAGAAUAAACACAAAAUGUAUUUUUAUUUGUUAUCAUUCGAGCAGUAGUGAUCUGUUAUGUAAAAUGCAAGUUUGAUAUAUGUUCACUUUUUUUUUACUUUUGUUCAGUACUUCAGUUCAGUUUGUUCACCUCGGUUAUCGAAUUAUAUUUAUAUGUACAGACGUACUGCAGUACAUUGAGUAGGUUAUUAUUAGGUAUUUAUAAUUUUUUUUUUCUAUAAAAAUAAGGAUUACGCUGUUAUAAUAUAAAAUAUAAGUGGGUUAUUAUCCAAGAGUAUAUAAUAUUUAAAAUAUACCUACUAGGACAAAAUGUACGUUUUUUUUUUGUUUUUAGGUACUUACACUAUGCAAUAUAUUUUCGUUGUAGUGUUUUAAUUUGCUUGUGAAUAAUUAAUUUGUUUUUUUUUUUUGGGGGGGGGGAAGGACCAGUAGGCAAUAUUAAAAUAAGAAAGCAAAAAGGCUUUAAUAAUCACCCCAGCUAUCGAAAAUGUUAUUUACGUAUUAUUUUUAAAAUUUUAUUGUAUUUAUCAUCAUAUAGGAUUACAGAAAUAUCAUACUAUAUUGUUAUAAAUUUUAACAAAUUUUUAUAAGAAUAAAAUUAUAGUAUCCACUUGUCCCAUUUAUUUAAUUCGCGAGCACACAUAAUUUUAUUGUAGAUAUUUAUAAUAUAUUGUUUACCAAUAACCAAAACGUUUGGGGGAAAAAAAAAGUUAUACGGCGAAGAAAGUGAAAGUGUUCUACGCGAAAAUCGUUUAAGAUAUUGUUAGUACAGCUGCAGUAUAUACGUUGAAAAGGAAAGUGUUGCUAUGAUUUGUUUUGGACGUUGCAUGCACUAUUGGAUUGAAAUUUUAUUUAAUUCCAAGUUACAUAAAUAUUAUCGUUCUAAAAUCUAAAUUACCGUACGCAUUCGAUUAUUGUUUAAAUUUAUAAUAGGUACAAUUGUAUUUGUAUGUAUGGUGACCGGCAAAAUAUUUCGAACAGUGAAUAGUGGAUAUUAUAUGAAUAGGCAAUAGGUAUUUGAAAAAGCUUUUGAUCAAACCUGGUUUCGUUCGAAAAUUUAUCAUCAUAUUAUCAAUUCAACUUAAAAAAGGGAAAAAACAACAUUUAGAUCUACAAAAUCAAAUGGCCAAACCGUUUGGCCAUUGAGUGUAAAUGGUAGGUUAGUGCGCUUAUUUUCAUUAUGUAAAAAUAUAAUAACGAUUAUAUUAUGUAAUAGAAAUGAAUAAUCAAUAAUUUUUCUGAUAAAAAAAAUAUUGAUCGCUUAGUUUUAGUUUUGUUAAUUUCCUUUCAUCAUCGCUGAAUAAUAUGUAUAUAUAAAUUAGUGAGAGUUUAGAAGGUUAGCAGUGCAUGUAUACAUAAUUUUGUGGUGAAAUUUGUUUAAGUUUAGGUCCCGGAUAUUAUUAUGUUAGCUUGAAAACGAACGUCAAGCAAAUGUACACAAUAUAAUCUGUAUAUAAGUAGUGAUUUUUUUUUUCUUCCAGUGAACACUGAAAAAAACAAAUUUUUCGACAUCGGCCGACCCGAAGUGUCCUUAAUAUAGAAUUGCAGUCAAUUUGAAUACGUUAAUCAGUAUUAAAUAUCAAGUUCCGUAUUAAUAAAUUAGAAAAGAUCCAAAGCCUUUUUUUGCGUUUUUAUGCUUAUAAAACUAAUUAUCCUUAUCAUAAUGCUGAUGAGAUUGCUAACUUUCUGGGUUUAAAGUCUCUGAAAACUGGAAAGUUAGCAUAUAAUGUAUCUUUUAUGUAUAGGAUCUUGAAUGGUGUUAUCGACUGCUUUAAAUUCUUACGAAAAAUUGGCCUUAAAUACCCUCUUUUAAUUUCAGAAUUAAUUCACUUUUUGCUACUCCUCAUUCUAAAAAUAAUUACUUUUCAUAUAGUACGGUGUGUCGCCUACCAAUAUUGUGUUAUCAAAUUCAUAAUUUUGAUAUUUUUUUCGAUUCCUGUUUUAAGCUAAAAACUUGUAUUUAUAAUUUAAAUAUUUAAUGUAUAAUUUAAUGAUAAUUUUUGUUUUUUUCGCUUACUGUACUCUUACCCUUUAGGGUAUUAUAUAUAUUUAAUACAUAUCAAUCUAUCUAUCAAUAGUUGACGAAAAUUUGUUUAGUUGUUAGGUAUACCGUACGUAAAUUCAAAAACCUGUAUAUAUAGGUGUGACUAUCUGUCCAAAUCGAAUAUUGUGAUUGAAUCCCAUAAUAAAGCUUAUUUACAGGUACCAUCUGGGUUUGGCUAAAGCCAAAACGUAACUAAAUUGGUUUUAGUAGUAAUGUUUCCAACUCGGUGUUUACUGAAAUCACUAACGCUAAUACCUAGAAAUCUCUAGUUGAGAAAAGAAAUUCUAAUUUUUUAAAUUAAUAUUGCAUUAACAUAUUUUUCACUUAAAAUUCUUGUUUUAAAAACAACAGUAAUGUAUGAUAAUACCUAGCUAAUAAACAAUAUUUAUUUGUAUUUAUUAUAUAAAUACAUAGAUUAUGUUAUUCUUUGUAAUAAAAAAAACCAGAGUUAAAAAUCUCAACAUCUUAUUCUGUUCAACAGCAUUUCUAUAAAUCUAAUUUAUAACUUUACCUUAUAGAGAUAACCAAAACAACAUAUAGGCAAUAAAAUAAGUAAUUUUUUUAUCUGUAUAAAAUACAUAGACGAUAAUUAAUAUAAAUUACGAAAAAUGAAAAUAUAAAAUUGACGUCUGCCGUGUUUUUUAUAAUGUACAUAAGUUGGGUUGCAUAAACGUUUAUUAGCAAUUUACAGAGCCUUUAACUCAUUACUAGCCCGUUAAAAAAAAAUUGGGCAGCAAAGAUCAAACAAAUAUUAUAAUAUAAAUUGUGGUUCAAAUAUUUUUUGCAGACUUGAUAAUAUAACAGUUUUAUUUAAAAACCAUGGACAUUAUACUAACUUUAUUUUUUACUUUUUUGAACUAGUUUUCAUAUUAUUUCUCUAUAUCUACAUGGAAAAUGAAAAACCCCUUUAACUAGGGAUAAAUCCCUAAAGUUGACAACUAUUUAGUAGUUUUACAAAAUAUAAUAUUGUUGAUAGUCCAAAUCUGAUAUUGUUCCAAGGAAAAGAUCGUCCUAUACGCGUAAACCUAAAUUGUCCUAUUUGAUGGAAUAUACGAUGAAUUGAUGACGCUUUAUGUUAUACAAUUAAAAAAAACAAGUACCUAUAUAGUUUUUACUAAAUUGUAACACAAAUUAUGUUUACCUUUUUACUAUGAGUCAACAAUUUAUAUAAUUGUGUAAACAAAUUUUCAUUCAUCCAUCGUUAACACUUAUGGGCACACUCUAAUAUUGAGCCUGUGGUUAACAUCAAAAAAUAGCUGCCCAUUACCCCAAAAUAUACAGUAUGACAGUUACCUAUAUUAUAAUAUUAUACACACGGAUAAGAUGACAUUGUCAUCGUCGGCGUGUGAACGAACAAUAAAGCCAGGUUAAGUUCUUUAUCUAUAUAUAAACCUAAUAAUAAUAUAUCUUGUCGCAUACGAGGUCGAAGAUGGGACUAAAAAUAUAAAGGUUAUCUGUCGGUUUUAAAGAGGAUUUUUUUCCAUUGGUAGAGAUACUCGUGUAUAUAUUAUAGGCGAGUGAAUAUAGAAAAAAAAAAACGAAUUCAAAUGCUAAAUCGCGUUUUCAAAAUAUUAUUGUCAUAGGUACAUACAUUAUUAGUUAUUGUAUUGUAUAUCAUGUGUAUACUAUAUUUUAUACCUAUCUGCAAGUAUAAGUACAUGCACAUGUAUACGAAUAAUAAUAAUAUUUAAAUUAUUCAUAUCACUUUGGAUAAUAUAUUCUAUCUAUGUAAUAUAAUACAUUUUAGUAAUAAUAAUAUUAUUUAUCUUUGUAGAUUUUCUGUUAAAUCGAACCCUCGUAAACCUUGUGAAUUGAAUUGCCCUUUGUUUGCAUAUAAUCUCGCGGUGCAAAUUUCCGCAGUUAUUACGUUUCAGAGUUGGUAUACCGAUGAAAUCGAAUAUGCAGUCGUCAACUUCGUCUACCGUCGUGUGAGUAUAAAACGAUAGGAUUUUAUCCGCUGCCGGGUUUUACGGUUUUACGGUAUCAUUCCAAUAUUUUAUUUAUAAAAAAUUGAAUGGCCCGCAGGAUCGAUCAAUUGGAAAAUGUCAAAUGGACGUUGAGUAUUUUUGCGGAGGUGUUGCUGCUGUUGAUCAAAAGCGUAUACUUUAUUGUGGAAUCGAUUUAUCACAUGGUCGUGCCUUUGCCGGAAAAAUCGUUAGCCGACGAUAUUGUUUUGGUAAGUACAGUAGUAAGAAAACAGUUCUUUUUUUCGACACUUAUGUGUAGCAAAGGUCAGUUACUAUAGAGUUGAAUUUUCCUCAGACUAUUUUGUAUAAAAGAAAUAUUCUUUACAAAACAAUAAAUAACCAAAUGAUAACAUCAAUGCUUAUAAUAGGUACUACACUACAAUAAAUUUUAAUAUUAAGUAAAAAAAAAAAAAUGGCUAAAUCAGUAGCCAAAUUCUUUGUACUAAGAAUCAGUAAUUAUAAUUGUACUAACCCCAUGCAUAUAUCAAAUUUCAUUCCUCCGGCUUUAUUUGGGGAAUCUGUAGAGAUGUACCGUGCCAAAAAAAAAAAAACAUUCUCCACCCUCAACAACAUGAGUAAAUUCACAUUGAAAUUCAACUCAAAAAAAUCACUUGAAUUCGCCUUCGAGACGACUCUGAUUCCUGAGUUUGAGCUCCUUUGUUCUAGAGGAAAAUGCUAUAAAUGUGCAACACCAGCGGAAAAAAGAUAUAUAACAGACACAAUACAAUGCAAUAGUCUCUAUUUUAGGAGAAAAUUCGAAAAAAAAAAAAAAAAUAAAACACGUGUGUCAUUCAAAAUAUAAUUUUAAAUGUCUUAUCAGUGAUAAACAAUGUUGUAUAAUGUAUAGUAUAUAUAUAUAAUAUGUAUUGACGGAUGCGGGACGGUUUAGAUUACAGGCACGGGUCACGGAAUUGGAAAAUGUUUGGCUAUGCAAUUCGCUGACAUGUGCGCAAAAGUGAUUUGCGUGGAUAUCAACGAACAGUCCAACGCGGAAACGGCCAAGGAGAUAAAUGUCAAAUGGAAAGGAAAAGCCUUCGCGUACACGUAAGUGAUCGUAUAAUAUUUUAAUAACAACGGUUUAUAAUAAUUAUUAUAAUGUUUUAUAUACCUAGUUAGGUAAUUAUUAACUUGAGAACGAUUUCAUUAUACUUACCUAUAGCAAUGCUAAAGCUGUGAAAUCCGAUAUUAAAAACAUACAUAUUUUUUUUUACUCUUUUAAUUAGAUUAUUGCCUAUUAGAUAUAUACAGUGAUGACUAUUUGACUAUGCAUAUUUUUCUAUAUUUCUUAUUCAACAUAAUAUAAAAUAUAAUACAAUAUAUAAUUAUAAACCGGAUUUCUCUGUACUUGUUGUAUUGCAUUACUUGUUGAUAAAUAUGCAUGCAAACAAGCACUAAAACAGUCCAAAUAUGCUUUUUUGUAUUUUUCUUACUCGCAUUUGAUAUAGUUACCAAGUAUACAAAAAUAAGUAAAAACAAAUUACGAUAUAAAAGCAUACUCUGCAGAGUAAAUUAUGGUAUUAUUUAUUAGAAUAUCUUACGUGUGCAUUGUUAUAGGUUUUAUAAUAUUUAUAGUCACCUUGGUUGCCCUUAAAAAAGCUAGGUAAAUAACCUAACAUUACAAUUAAAUUAAGUUUUAAUUUCAAAAUUUACAAAAAUACGCAUUUUACAGUUUUGUUAUUUAAUCAAUCAGGCAAUGAUUUACUAGUCUCGACUCCCAUUGACUGCAUGUAUAUAAUGUAAAAAAUAUGUAUUUUAUGUAAAAUCUGGUCUUUAAUUAUAAUAUAUACAUACAUCGAAUAGGUACAUAAAUUAUUAUGCUAUUAUUCAUUAGAAUACAUUACGUGUGCAUUAAUAUAGGUUAUAUAAUAUUUAUAAUCACAUUGGUUGACUCUAAAAAAGGUAGGUAAAUAACAUAACAUUAUAAUUAAAACUUAAAAUGCAUUUAAUAGUUCAAGUAUACUAUUAAACUAUAAUGUCCAAACAUCAAAUGAUGUACUAUGUACAUUGUACUUUAUUACAUAUAUGAUAGUAUAAGUAAUGUAUAGUAUAGUAACGCUAUGCAAAACAAAAUAAUAUUUCCUGUUAAACUUCAAUUUUUUUUUUAAGAUUCUGAACGUAUAGUGAGGAAUGUAUUGGUUUCAUGAUGUAUAUAUUUACGUAUGUAUGUUUAUGUAUGUGUGUUUUUUUUUUUUUAUUAUCUGAGAACAAUUUUUCUUAGUCCGAACAUCGACUUCUGCAGAGUAAAUUAUUACGGUAUUAUUCAUUAGAAUAUCUUACGUGUGCAUUGUUAUAGGUUUUAUAAUAUUUAUUGUCACCUUGGUUGACCUUAAAAUAGCUAGGUAAAUAACAUAAUAUUACAAUUCAAACUUAAAAAGCAUUUAAUAGUUCAAGUAUAUUCCUAAAUGCUAAUGUACAAACAUCAAAUAAUGACGUCAAACAUUAAAUACUAUGUACAUUGUUACUGUAUUACAUAUAGUAUAAGUAUUAACGCUAUGCAAAACAAAAUAAUAUUUCCUGUUAAACUUUAAUUUUUUUUUUUUAAGUUUCUGAAUGUAUAGUGAGGAAUUUAUUGGUUUAAUUAUGAAUAUAUUUACGUAUGUAUGUUUAUGUGUGUGUGUGUUUUUUUUUGUUAUCUGAGAACAAUUUUUUUUACUUCGAACAUCGACUUCAAGAUAGUUCUUGGUAGUAAAUUGUAUUUGUUAGUAAACUUAACUAAAUUUCAGUAUCAUUUUAGAUUCUAAGCAGAUCGAAGAAUGUAUUCGUUUUACAAUGAUGUUUAUUAUUAUUGUUUUUUUUUUAUGAAUAACUUUCAGAUAUUUUGCUCCGAUUUCACGUGUAGCACUUUUCUGAAAAUACAUUUUAGUGGAGUGGUACUUUAGGGAAGUCAAAAUAUAUGAAAUAUAUUUUCAAAUCGUAAAUAUCAAAACGUGUAUAUAACCGAACUCUGGUCAGAAUUGUUUUUCGUUAGCAAUGAUCAAUCGUUGAGUACAGAUAUACAUUUAAUUUACUCUCUACCUUCCAAACAUCUCACCUAUAACAGCGUACAGUGGCCCACCCAUCGUGCAAAAUAUGUCCGUUUGUUUUUUUUUUCAACCUUUACACCUUUGUAAAUUUCUUAAUAAUUGUAAAAAGACGGGUAAUAAUUUAGAAAAACGGAAAUGUUUACACCUACGCAAUGAUAGUUUCUGUUAUUUUUGAUUUUUUUUUCUAAAAUUCAGUUAGGAGUAAUUUCAUCGUAGACAUAAGCGCCAAUAGGAAGAAGUAGGGGUUUUUCCCUUCCAAAAUUUAGCCAAGCUCUUCCAAAUCAAGUUCUUAUCAGGUAUAAGUACAUAUUAUGGAGGCUUAAAUCCACCAAACAAAAUAUUUGUACAAUUUAGACCUAAAACCUGGGUACCCGACAUUUUUACCAAACAUAUCAUAGUCCUUUCUAGACGUGGUAAAAUGUUCAAAUCAUUGUGGUGACCUUUGAGCAAUUUUUUUAACUAUCUUGUUUGUUAGUGAUUUUGUUAAGCGUUUUAGUAAGUUCAAAUUUUGACGAAAAUCGCAAUAUUAUUGAAUGGUUUUACUUUGCGUUUUAGGUUUUGAGUUUAGCGAAGAAUGUAUUGGUUUUACAAAGAUAUUUAUUUUUUAUUUUUAUCCUGUUCAAAAAUUCUACCAGAAAUCUUGUUCUCAUAUGUACGCGCGGCACCAUUUCUAAAAGUAAAUAUUGUUCAGAUGGUACUUUUGGUAGAUCAUUUUUAGAUUUUCCGAGUGAUUUUCACAAUAUCUGGGAAUAACCAUGAUAAAACGUAAGAAAACGGGAAAUUUACGAAAAUUAAUAUUUUAACUUUAAUGUAGCACAAGUAUCGAGCAUCUAUAGUAUUUAAAUUCAAAUAAUGUAAGUAUCGAGUAUCAAUGCAAUAUUUACUACAUACGUAUUUAUAGUAUCGAUUUAUCUACAGAUACUCAUUUUGAAGUAACUUUUCCAUCUCUGAUUUUAUGCGACACUGAUAGUAUAUAUUAUAUGAGUAUUUUGUUUGUUCUCGUUAUUUUAGGCUAUACAAAAGGAAAUGUUUUCUAAUUGUAGUUUAUUUAAAUUAAUAGUGAUUGUGAACAUAAUUUUCAGUUGCGAUGUUUCGAAAUUGGAAAACGUGAGAGAGCUCGGGGAAAAGAUAAAGAACGAAGUAGGAACGGUCACUGUUCUUGUUAACAACGCAGGCAUUAUGCCUUGUAAAUCCUUCGAGGCUCACGACGAGGCUACCAUAAGGAAAAUAUUUGAUAUCAAUGUUUUCGCUCACUUUUGGGUAAGUAUUAACUGCCACUUGUAUAGCAUACUAUUAUAUUAUUAUAAUAAACAUCAUUAAACAUUUUAAAUGAAAGUAUAUUUGUUCAAUUAAAAGAAUAAUUCGCUCCCGCGUAAAAAAAUAAAUAACUGUAUUGGGCUUAUACUGUUGUUAUUAUAAGUCAUUUUAAAAUGUAUUAUAUUUUUGUGUAAAACGACUGUUAUAAUACAAGACGUGAAUGCUAGCACUUUUGGAAUUAGAUAGAUACUAUAUUUUUAUCCUCGAAAAAAGCUGGUUAAUUUUCAGAUUGACCUUUUAACAAAUAUGCCAAUACAUUAUAACAAGCAAUUGUAAAUAGGUACUAUAAUUUAACUAGGCAUAAAUUAUAAGCGAUUUAAGUUACUAAGAUAUUUCAAUGAUUAUAAUAUAGUCUAAACAAAAAAAAAAAAACAAGUUGUCGAUUAUUAUUCUUUUAAGUUCACUAAUGUUUAGUGAUUCUAUUUAUUACAAAACAGUUUUUGUAUACAUAUAUCUGUUUUUUAACUUCCGGAGAUUAUAAAUUAUUCAAUUUUGACGUGUGCAUUCCUGUAUUAUUCGACAUUAAUAUUUUUAUCUUUAAUAUUAUUGAAAAAUAUUCAACCGCAUGAGUACUGAAAUUAUAACAAAACGAAACUUGAGUCAGGCGAUAUAAAUCUUUAUUGGUUUGCAUAUUAUAAGAUAAAAUCAUACUUGUGGUCGGCGUCGCAGACUCUCAUAGUAGACAUAUUGUUAUUAUAGGUUAUAUUAAUAUCGGUGAGAAUUGUUAUUCCUACAACAUAACGUACACGUUAAGAGCAACCUUUCUAACCUAUUUAAUAAUAUAAUUGGCAUACUUAUCUAGUCAUUUUAUACGUUACUGCAUUGUUGUUAUCAGAGUUAAAUCUACGUACAAUACCCUUUGGUAUUUAUUAUGUUAAACAAUAUAGACUACCUAUCUUUUUUUAUGGCCUUUUAAACCUACAUUAAACCUAUACUAAACUAUAUUACUACUAUUUUAUUCGCCACUAGUGCCAUAAUAUAAUAUAAUAUAAUAUAUUGAAUAAUUUAAAUACAGCUUUGUGCGAGAAUCAGCGAGCUGACACUUACUGUUUCUCCUAACAAUACAGCAAUGAAUAACCUAAUAAUAUAGGUACAAUGAAACAGCGAAAAUAACACGUGUAAAAAAAUAAUUCUGGAUUUUCACAUUCUGAAUUUUUUCAGCCAGGUACGGAGGGCCAGUCAGCCUAGAAUCUCAUACCGAAAAUAGGUUUAUCUAUAUUAGAUUCUGAACGUAUUACUAUUUACUAAUGUGUAUCUACAUUAUUUUGUCUAUGAACAAAUUUUCUGCCAAAAAUCUUGUUCCGAUCACCUACUUCUGUUGUUUUUAGAAAUGUUUUUUGAUAAUUAAUGUUAUUUAGUUGAUAACUCAUGAUGGUCUUUAUGUUCGUUAUAGAUUUCUUCAUAAUCACGGAGGGGGGAAAGGGGAAUGAGAAUGGUCACGCGAUAUAAGUUUCCUUUAUUUUUAUAUAUAUAUUUUUUUUUUUAAUGUAAUCUUAUAAAUAUCUCAAAACUUUCACCGAAUACUUCCACAUUCAGAUGUGGUAUAAUUUUCAAAAUAUUCUGGCCUUUAAUGAGUUAAUAAAAGUUUUAAUAGAUUUUGCUUGUUUUGUUGUAUGUAAAUGUAAUGGAUAAUAAUUUCGAUCAGCAUUUUAAGUUCAUUUUCAUAUUAAAAUUCGUUAAACGUAUCGCGAACAAUUAUUGUAAUAUUUGUUGUGUAUUUACAAAACAUUAAUUGGUUGGUGUGCAGUUUUCAUUUUAAAUUUAUCAAAACAUGUUUAACCGAACUUUGUUCAGAAUCGAUUUUCGUUUGCAAUAAUUUAUCGUUGCGUACAGAUAUAAUCCAACAAUUAUCACCCCGUUAAAUAUUCUGUUAAUUUCCUAACCUCAUCAAAUGACCCAUUCAUUGUUCGGCUUUUUUUUUUAAUAAAUUAAUACCGUUACGAACCCUCGACGAUGAUUAACAUAAUAUUAUUAUUGAGUUUGUCCGUAGCAUGAUAAUGAAACCGUUCGAAAUGCGCUCGAUUUAGAGUAAAAUAUAUAUAUCAAUGCCAUCGUUUUGGGAUUCGCAAUAAUUCACAUUACACCAUAGUACUCGUACUAGUCGUACUAUUAAACAAAAUUAUUCACGUUUUUAUCUAUUAUUCCGAGUUCGUACACACAAUUCUACACUUUUGAAAUAAUAAUAAUAUUAUAGACGUAAUGUUUACAAUAGUAUACUAUUAUUAUAUUUCUUAUAUUUUAUUUACGAACCUCGAUUGCUGAUCAGAAUGUAGAUAGUAGUAGUACAGUGUGUGUUGUAUUCGUCUGUGAUCGCAGAAUAACAAAAAAUGACAAUAAUAAUUAUAACCACUAUAACCAUUACACAAUUAUUACCUACAUUAUUUUUGGACAUUAUUUGUUCAAUGUCCUAUAAUAUAAAGUAAACUUAUAGGUUAGAUUAGGCACCUAAUUACGAAAAUUAUCAUAUAGGUACCUUAAAUGCAAUACUUAUUUAUAUUUUUACAAUUUCUUUGAUAUUAGAUUAUUAUAUUUUUCAAUAUUUCUGGGUUCUUUAUGUUUAGAUUUAGUAGAUGCGUAUACUUAUAAACUUUACAAAAAUAAUAGUAUUAUUUAAAUAUUAUUAUACCUAUUUAUUUUAACUAUAACAUAUACAUUAUAAAUAUUACAACCAAGAUUCGGGACUAUAGCAUUUAAAAUUAACAAAAUAAAAUACUUAAAAAACUUCAUUAUUAGCCCUUUAUGAUCUAAAAUAAGCACUUAAAAAAGGUUCAAACGAAUCAUUUUUUAAUUAACAAAUAGCUUUAAAAAUAAAAUAAAUUUCAAACAGAACGCGUAAUAGUGAACCGUUUAUAAACACGGACAACUGGAAUAUGAAUGUAUCGGCAUAUCACGGGUCACGGGGCAGAGGAAAAACCUGCGUUCGCAAACAGCCCUAAUAUUGCAUGAUAAAAAUAAAAAAUGAAUAUAAAUCUAACAAUUUUGGUUGUAUUAUUGAAUGAUAAAAAAACUUCAUUGGAGGGAGGAGGAAAUAUUGAUACAAUUCCUAAUUACUUAAAUAAAAUGCCUCAAAAAUUAUAAUAAAGAACAAAUAUGCAUUAAAAAAAAAAACAACAAAACUUCAAAGUAAGUAUGCAUUUGUAAAAUAAAAUCUCAUAUUAUUUAGCUUUGUGUUAUGUCCCAAUUAUAAUAAAUUAGUUAUUUUCGUUCCUAUAAAUAAUACUAAUUAAGUACUUAUGUAAUCUACCCGGUAUAACGUACCAUAUUAUAAUACCUUAUAGGCAAUAUUUGGUAUGGGUAAUUAUUAUUUUUUUUGUUAAUUGUGCGCGUAUUAAUGACAUAAUUAUAAAUCUUAUAUUAUUUCUGAAAGGUGUUUUUUUCGUAAUAAAAAAACCCAUUUUUCUCCUUUCAAACUUAAACUAACAUCGAUGAACAAGGAACCCUGUCGUAGUUCUGCGUUUUUGACGAAUCGUCAAUAAUAGUAAUAAUAAUAAUAUUCACAAUUGCUCAUUGUAUUUGCACACUGCUAUUUUUGUGCUGGAUUCGUUUUACGACAGUAACGAAAAUCCGUUGCUUGAUCAAUGUGACUAGGUUCUAGGUACGUUAGUGUUUUUAUAUGUUUGCUGUUUAGUUUUGUUUUUAAAAAUGCAAAGUAUUCGUACGGGCCCACUAAUAGUUAUUGUACUCGGCUAGGUCCGAUUGUCAAGGUUCUCAGUUUGAAUCGUCACGUUUAUAUUAUACGAAUAACGUAAAUAUUUGAUUUUAUUUGUUUAUCAUGACACGUCCGUUUUGGCGAUAGUGUAUUAGCACGGACUGCACUUGCAUCAAGACCUUCAAAAUGUCGCUUGUCCGUAUGUGUUAAACAAUUUCUGAAAUCAUUGCGUUUUCAAUAGAACAACAAUGAAUUAAAAUAUGUAUUGUUUAAAAAAAAAAACAGCCGGUUUGUCCGAGAACGCUGAUGACAGGAGUACGCAUAUUUUUCGCGCAAUGGACCUGCAGGGGCGUCAUUUCGGUGUUUCAAUAAGGGUGCAAACAUGUAAAUCGAGCCGAUUUUUCGAUCCGUCCCGUCAUUUAUACACCUAUUCUGUUUAUUUUUCCGAACAACAGGAAACAGUUUCCCCUCGCUCGUAUUCGGAUUCCCACAUUCCUUUUUUUAUAUUCAAGUACUCUAUUUACUGGCAUUAUAAUACCGUUGAAACUACGGUCAUUAUUCGUUUUUCCGCCGGAAUAACUCAUUGUACCGUGAUUUCGAUGCGCACUGUAUAAUUUUGCUGAUAUGCCCGAAUAUUUAGCCGCGGUAACAAUAUAAACCUUGUUUUAAACUCAUAUUUCACAUCUGUCACAUCACGACCGGACUCCGGUAUUGGCAGUGAUUCGAUUAAUUUUGCAUUUUAUCGAUGACGGCUUAAUCAUAACAUUUUAUACGGGCCGAAAACGUAUUUUUUAAAAUAGCACUGCCAAAGUUUAGUCUGAAUCCUUCGAAUGGAGGCCCUGCUAUGGGGUAAGCUAAUAAAAUUCGACGUCGGUACCUAUUAUUUGUACUGGCAAAUAUUUUUCUAAUUAAUCACAAUUUUAUCAAUUUAAAUAUUGUAAUUAACUCUAUGUAUUACGGGUAUUAUAGUAUUAUAAACAUCCAUUGUUAUUAGGUAGGUAUUCAAUAACGGUGAAUAAUGAAUAUAAAUAAAAUAUAUGGCUGGGAACACGCGUUAUUUUACCGUGCGACAUUUUUACUGCGCCGCAGUGUGUUUUAGGUAACCCCUUUCUGCAUGCAUUUUUUUUUUUUUUUUAAAAAAAAAUAUGUGUAAAGAUUUGUAGUCAAGAUGACAUGGAAAAAUACGUACAAAAACGUUCGGCCUCUUAUGAUCCUGAAAAAUGCUCAAAGUUUAAUGUGUGCCAUAAAUGGCGUAUCGCGCGCCAAAACUAUAUAUCUGUGCAGGACUUCAUGCAUUAAAUUAGUCGACAGUAUUAUGUACCAUAUUAUAUGGGACACAUGUUGUUACGAAACAAAACUAAAAUAAUUACACCAUAUUAUAUUUAUUUAAUUAUUUAUUAAUUUAUGUAUCACAUUUAUCUGCUUUCGUCUAUUUUAUAAAUUAAAGUACGCAAUUUUGCCGCCAGAUAAAAGUACCUCGUAUCAAAAUUAUUUAGUUUUUCGUGCCGAAUUAAGCCACGCAAGAAGUAUUGGAAUCGAAUAAUCUGUCAGUGAAAUAACCGAUUAAAAUUAAUUCGUACCAUUUUUGGUACAAUAUGCGGAAUGGGAGGACGCCACACCGACAUCUACUGUCUCCGUUUUACAAACGCAAUUUUCAUUCAAUAGGGCCACAUUUUGUGAAGUUAGUUUUAAUAUUAAAGCUAAUUGACCUGUUACCAAAAUUAAAGAUAAGAAGAUUAUAAAUGUUUAUAUAUAUAUAAUAACUUGUCCUUACUGACUGAUACAUCAUCGUACAGCCCAAACCACUGAACGGAUCAGGCUGAAAUUUGGCACACAGAUAGCUAUUAUGACGUAGGCAUCCGCUAAGAAAGAAAUUUUUGAAAAUUCAACUCCCAAGGUGGUAAAAUAGGGGUUUUUAGGUAUAUUUGGUAUAAAUAUCUAUUUGCUUAUUUAUUUAUUUAUUUUUGUUUAUUCAAAGGUUAUAGCCAAGGUAAUACGGAUGAUAAUUUGGUUGUCACGGACAAAAAAACUAUUAUUAGUAUUAUUAUUAUUAUUAUUAUAGGUACUAUUAUUUACACUAUUCAAAUUUCACAAUAGAACACUUUUAGUCCGGCUAAGGUGGACUACCCACUUUCCGCCUAUUUGUUUUCAUUCAUUUCUGACACGGUCAAAACCAAAAAUAAAUAUGGGCAAAAAAAAAAAUUGCCACGUGACACGGACAGCUAGUAUAUAAUAUAUGUUAUAUAAAAUUGUGUGAUGUGCUCUAGCGUUGAUGGCUUUUCGAUAUUUUUAUUUUUAAAUGAGACACACGUAACUUUGUUGAAUAUCACAAUUUAAAAAAUGAUUGUAUCUUGCUUGAAAAUUGAAAAAUCGAAAAAACAUCAACGCUAGGACAUGUUAUGUAUAAUCUGCUUACCUUUAAGUUUGAUAACAAAAUAAUUUGCUUUUAAUAUUAAAACUAACGGCACAAAACGUGUUCUACUGAACGCAAAUUUACCUGUGUCUCGCGUGUGUAAGACGAAGACAGUAGAUGUCGGUGUGGUGUCUUCUUAAAAUGUGAAUAGAGCGCGACACAUGGGUCACGCAAGAUCAACGCGCGACGUUUCGAAAAUAUUGUCGCGUGCACUUUGACUUAAAAAAAAGCGCGCAAUACGAAUUUCCCGUCGAAAUAUAUUAUGAUAAAUGGGCGAAGAACACGCACGCGUUUAUUAUCUUCAAUAUCCGUUCAUUUGUCAUUAUUGUGCAUCGACAGUCAGCGUAGUGUCGUCAGACGAAGAAUCGCCUUUGAAAAUUAAAUUAAAUGCACCUUCGGUAGAACGUGUAGGUGGUACGUCGGUAGGGAUGUUGGUACCCAUCACAUGUUUCCUAUUAAUUUGUUUUCGUUUUCAUUAAAAAGUCGGUAACCCGAAAACAAAAUAACAUUUUCGCCUGUCAUACGAUGUUGUUGUCUAGUUGAAACAUAGACACAUAUUAAAUAAGAAAGUUAAAUAUAGUCGUAAUCAUAAUAUAAUAAACGCGCCGUAAAUUGACGCUGUUGUGUUGGUAUGCAUUUAAAACGCGCGGUAGAUUUUUUUUUUUUUAUUGUGCGGUAUAAUAACGCCCGUGGGUUCCCAGGCUAAACGACGAUUAUUUUAGAACUACUCGAGUGUCUCGUUUUUCCACUUUUGGCGUAGUGUUGACGUCGAUAUACUUGGGAUUGACUUUCCAGUUAACGGCGACGUCUGUAAUCAUAUUUAAACUAAUAUUAUUUGAAUUCGUUAAGUUUAUUUAAAACCUACCGCUAUUUUCAAUGUAUAUCAUAAAAUAUACCUACCUGCAAAAACGGAUUGAAAACAUAUCUGAACUUCAGCCUAAAAUAUACCUAAGUUGGUAUGUGAAAAAAAGCGAGAAAGCCAAUAUUUGCCAGCAUAGACUUCGCUACAAAUUUAUAUUAUGGGUUUUCAGAAUCAGUAUUCUAGUGAUACUGAUUCUGAAAGUAGAAGUAUUAGAAACAGCCACAACUAAAUCUUCAUAAAAUUAAUAAAAAAAAAUAUUUUGAACAAUUGUAAUAAUAUCUACGAUAAUGUCUUUUAUAUCCAUGUUAUUUAUGUUAUAUGCUUACAUCAUACUCGUAUUAUACAUUAUUGAACGGUUUUUCAUAGAUGCUCGAUACAUUUUUACCCGGAAUGAAAGUGUUGAAUAAAGGGCACGUGGUGUUCUUGUCGUCGAUGGCCGGUGUGCUUGGCUUGAAAAACUUAGUGCCUUACUGUGGAUCGAAAUUUGCUGUGAGAGGUCAGUGGUGUAAACUGUACUUAUACAACAGGCAAACUGCAUCAUGUAUCAAUAGAAACAUUACGUUUGUUUUUUCUGUUUCAGGCUUGUCCGAAGCGAUAAUAGAUGAAUGCAAAGAUGAUGGUUAUGAAAAUCUCCAUUUUACUGUAAUUUAUCCGUACAUGGUAGACACUGGUCUGUGCAAGAAACCUAAAAUUCGGUACCUAUAUACAUACCAUAUUAUUAUUCUAUAUUACUAAUUUCCAGACUGCACAGUAUAAUAUGUGCAUUACGAAAAUCUCAAAAAUAUGUAUUUAAAAUUAUGUUUUAUAACAAUUUGUGAAAAAAAAAUGCAUUUUUUUUUUACAUAUUAAAUAGACAAUUCAAAUAUAUAAUAAAAGAUAGUUAAUGAUAUCUCAUAAAAAUUAAAAUCAAACCUCUUUUAUAUUACAAGAAUGUGAUGUCUGCCUUACAAAUUUACUAUGUUGUAGACUUGGUAAGACAGUAUAUGCGUAUAUCACAUAUUCUUAAGUUGAUUAAUUCAGUACAAACAAAAAUAUUAAAUUCCUUUUAGUUUAUUGACUUUUUAGCUAGCUUGAAGGCAAACAUUUUCCAAAUGUAUAAUAUGAAAUACUUAAAAGACAAAUUGUCUAGACUUAUUAAUUUGUUAGAGUGUAUUUAAUUUAAUGUUGUAUCCAUCAAUAUAGUUUUCCAAGUUUGUUACCGCUUGUCACGCCAGAAUCAACAGCAAAAACAAUCAUAUCUGCUGUUAGAAAAAACUUGUUGGAGCUAUCCAUUCCAGGUCCACUGCUUUUGAUCAAUCAUAUUUUUAGGUAAAUAUUUAUUUAUCUUACACUACUAAUGGAAUUCACAUUGUUAUAAUAUUGUUCUUAGGUGUUUUCCACAUAAAGUUGCAAUGGAUUUCAAAGAUUUUUUGGGUGGUGGUGUUGAUGCACACGAUGAUUAAAGUGCAUUUAGGAUUUUAGAUUAAUCAAUCGUACACUAUUAAACAUUUAAAUAUCACAAAUAAAUUUGUAGUAAUUUUUUUUUUAUGUUAAGCAUUCAAUAAAAUAUAAUUAUUUAUAGUUUUAAGAAUAUUAUGUAUGUGCUUUAGUUUUAUAGUGUACUCUUUCUAUUACAAUUUUUUUUUUUGUUUAAAUUUUAACUUUUUUAUCAAUACUUUUGCUAUAUUAAUUUAUUUAUAAUGUUAACUUUCUUAUAUUCUUUUUUAUUUAUCAAAUUGUUAAUAAUAAUGUAUAAAAAAAAGGCAAGGACUAUACAUAACUAUAUUAUUGAAUAUUUACUUUUCAAUGGAUUACAAUUAUACACUUCAAAAAUAAUCUAUUGAAAAUAAUUAUAUUGUGCUAUUAAUUUAUUUUUUGAACCAUUGAAAUUGUAAAGUAAAUAACUAUAAUUAUUUUAUUUAUGUAAUAUUUUAUAAAGAAUAUAUUAAAACACUUCAAAAAAAAAAAAAAUUGUCAUAUCAAAAUAAUUUAACUGUUGUAAAAUAAAAUAUGAUAUUCAAAAAUUUAAACUAAAAACAAGAAUGUGUAUUAAGUAUGUUUAUUGAAUCAUUAUAAUUCAAGUUAAUAAUACAUUUUACUGAUUUACAAUACAAUGUUGUUCAUUUAUAAUUUUUCUAUGAAUUACCAGAAAUUUUGCUUUAAAAAUUUCAAAAAUUGCUCUAUUCUGAAAGGAAUUUAACUGGGGUGGGAAAGUAAUUUUUUGAUGUGGUGUUUUAUGAUUGGUAAAAAUAGGUAAAAUUUACGUAAUGUAUUAUUUUCAAAUUGUUAAUAUUAUGACCUUUCAAAACACAUACAAUUUAACUCAGAAUCUAACUCUGUUAGCAAUGAUUAAUCUUUAUGUACAGAUAUGCAUUAAAUUUCCCUUAAAUUUUCCUGACUUCUCUCCAUUAGGUAUGUGAGGCCAGUUGUAGGUGAGCUACAACAGUGGCUACAACAUGUUAAAUAUAUUGUAAAAUUGCAUAUUAUAUCACUAAAAAAUUAAUAUCUCUUUUCAAUUAAUAAAAUACUUAAGAAGCUUAUAUAAAAAUAUAGUAUUUACUUUGUGUUUGGUACUUAAAUUAAUACUUUAUUAACAUUUAAAAUUAUUAUAAUUUAUAUUAUAUGUAAUAUAAGUUAGCAAUAACUAAUAAGUCUUUAAUUGGCUUGAAUAUAACAAUAUCUAAUAAAUAUGUUCAAUCCCGUAUUAAAAUAUUAUACUAUUAUAUUUUCAUAUCUGUAACAAUUGGUUUCUUAUUCUUAUCUGAUGAAUAUGUCAAAGUUAUCUCACCUUUGAACAAGUGUAAUUUUCUGAGUGCUCCUUUAAUUCCCUAAAAACAAAAUGUCCUUUUAUUUAACCUAUCAUUAUUAUUAAUGAACCAAAUACCAUAGUUAAACAUACUUUUUCAAUUUUUUCUUUUAACGGAGCACAAUUAAGAGGAUUAUCUUUAAUUUGAAGCACUUCUGUAGAAGAAAUUCCAAUUAAACGUUCCAGUACCUAUAAUAUAAUAAUAUAAAUAAACAUACAUAAAUUAAUAAUAUUAGAUACUUAUAUAAGUUAUAUCUAAUUUAUAAGACUUACUUUAGACGAGAAUUCGACUUCUAAAUGUUUGUUUGCAUCUAGCAAAAUGCCUGCGCAAACCCAUUCAUUUUGUUUUACUUGUAUUUUAGAGUUUUUGUAAACUGAGGUACACUUCAAGAUUUUAAUUAAAGGAUUUGAAACAUCAAUAUCCAUAUUGAUAUCGUCCCAAAUUUCUUCAGGCCUAUAUUGUUCAACUGAAGGCCGUUUAGUGUCUGUGUGCAAUGGUGAACUUGCUACUCUUUUUCCUAAUGUUUGUAUAUCAGCCGUGUUACCGACUUUAACAUGAUUAUCAUUUUGUUGUCUAACUGUACUUAAUAAUGAACUACUAGAUGAUGUAGAAGUACUUGGACCUAAAAUAUCAGAUAUUUUAGUCUGUCUAGUAGUAGUUGCUGUCUUUUUAAUAGUUUCUACCUUAUUAUUUUUAGAAACUGAUUUUGUUGGUUUUUGUUCUUUUUUGAUAAUAUUUUGAUGUGCAUUAAAAGUUUGUAAUGGUGUUGAUUCUACUGUAUUAUUAGAUUGAGCAAAUUUAGUUUCAAUUUCAGCAACUUGAGUCAAAUACAACAGUUCGUCAUCAUCACCAUCAAAAAAAUCAUCAUACUU